AUCAACAUGUCUGUCAGACCCGCUACAGUCAAGAAGUUUUUGGAGGUUACAGGAACCGACUCAGAGGAGGUUGCUGUUUUCUUCCUACAGAGAAAUCAACAAAAGCUUACGCAUGCCAUCAACGACUUCUUUGUGAACCCGCAACUGGCAAAGAACAUCAAGAAAGAAAAGGUGACAGUCAGGAUCGACCCUAAGGUAAAGGAGAUUUUUGAUCAAUAUAAAGAGCCAUUGCCAGACCCUCUGGGAAAGUCCUACAUUGGCAUUGACGGCACCGUGCGGUAUAUCUCCGAUUUGGGAUAUGAGCCGGAAGACAUAGCCAUGCUCGCGCUGGCGGAGUUUCUGGAGUGCCCGUCUGUUGGAGUGUUUAAAGAAGAUCCCUUUGUGACGAACUGGUCGAGAGUCAAAUGCAACACCAUUGAAAAAAUGAGCGACUACGUGAGAAAUGAAUUGGCAGUCAAACUGUCAGAGGAUGAAGAGUACUUCAAAAAGGUUUAUCAAUUCACCUACAAAUUUAUUCUCGAGAAAAAUGAACGCAAUGUGCCAACAGAAACCGCGGUAGAGUACUGGCAUCUCAUGUUGCCAGAAGCCUAUAAAGCAGAGCUGGAAACGUUUGUCAGGUUUCUUGAAGAAACAAACCGCAAAAGCAUCACCAAAGAUCAGUGGAACAUGCUGUAUCCGUUUCUCAAAACAUACCACGAGGACAACAAGCUUUCAAACUACGACGAAUCGCAGUCGUGGCCCGUGCUUAUGGACUCGUUCCACGAUUGGCUCCUGGACUCCUGAUCUACCUUUUGGUGCAAGGGUGCUCGCUAGAUGAGAAAAAAAAUUUAAGAAAAAUAUUGAUCAGAUUCAAAUAUGGUGAAAUCGUACCAGCGUUACGAGCAAGCCGGUUGGAUGGGCGUUAUUGCCUCGCAGUCCAACACUGUGUUUAUUGGUAACAACGAUUCACGGAAAUCUGUUGGUCAGGUCAUCACGGGCGGCUUGGAAGACAUUCUCGUCUGGGAUAUCAAAACCGGGGAGCUCAUCAAAAGGCUACGAGACGGCGCUAAUCCGGGAGCACUGGACUCGUCGACACAAUCAGCCCCGGCACAUGUGGUUAGACUUGAGCACGAGCCGCGCUCAAACAUCUUGGCUGCCGGCUAUAGCGACGGUACCAUCAAAGUUUGGGAUCUAACCUCGAGCUCGGUAAUAAUCAAUUUCUCGGGCCACAAGUCUGCCGUCUCGAUGCUGCGAUUCGACCGUUCGGGAACACGUCUUUUCUCUGGAUCUAAAGACACUGCGAUUAUUGUGUGGGACCUGGUUGGAGAAACGGGUCUUUUCAAGCUGAAAGGACAUAAGGAUCAAAUCACUGGGUUCAGUCUUUUGUAUGAGCCAGAAAAUACUAAUAUCGACGAAAUGGAAGACUGGCUUAUUAGUACCUCCAAGGAUGGUUUAAUAAAGCUUUGGGAUCUAAAGUCACAGCAAUGUAUAGAGACCCAUGUGGCGCACACCGGCGAAUGCUGGGCUUUGGGACUCAACACCACCAAAGAGCUUUGCAUCACAGCAGGCAUGGACACGCAAUUAAAGGUUUGGAAGAUCGAUCUAUCUAAAGAGGACAAGAAACUUAUCGAACAGGGGAUAUACGAUAAGCAAAGUAAGAGCAGAUGCACAGAAAUUGGGUUUACGGUCACCAACCAAGGCGAAUUUUUCUUUGCCUCCAAUACCGACAGAACGGUUGAAUUUUUCCGUUUCAGGCAGGAAAAAGAGAUCAGCAGAGCCUCGGCCAGAAGACAGGCUAGACUGCAGGAGAAAGGUAUGAGUCCCGAGGAGAUCGAGCGCGCAUUGGACGAUGCCAAGGUCAACAUGUUGAUUGCUCCUUUUACGACGCUUCACACAGAAAAGUCUAAAGUUCGCUCCACUACGUGGGCCCUCACCAGCAGCAGAAAACUCGAUGUGGUGGUGACACUGACAAAUAAUGCCGUUGUCUAUUACAAUAUCCCUAUUCCGGAGGCAGUGCGCAAACACAAUCCAGUGGACAAAAUAAGUGAAGCAAAAUACUCUUUGUACAACCUGGGACACAGGCAAGAUAUCAGAGCUGUCGACAUUUCGGACGACGACAAGCUGCUGGUCACCGGUUCGAACAACGAGCUCAAAGUGUGGAAUAUCAAGACCAAGUCCUGUAUUAGAACAUUCGAAAAAAUUGGCUAUGUUUUGUCGACUUGCUUUCUUCCAGGAGGAGCUCUGGUGGUGAUAGGAACAAAAGAGGGUGCUUUAAGGCUUCUGGAUCUCGCCACCUCGACGGUUCUCCAUUCGCUGGAAGACGUUCACGACAGCAAGGCUGUGUGGUCGAUCGACCUCACUCCGGACGGAAAGACGAUCAUUACCGGCUCUGCCGAUCAAACGGUCAAAUUCUGGGAGAUCCAGGUGGAGAAAGAGCUUGUUCCGGGAACUGCCAACAAGUACGUCAACCGCUUACAGCUGAAUCACACUAGAACGUUGGAGGUGAGCGACGAUGUGCUUAGUGUUAAGGUUUCUCCAGAUUCCAAAUACCUGGCUGUUGCUCUGCUGGAUAACACCGUCAAGAUCUUCUUCUUCGACACGCUCAAGUUUUUCCUCAGCUUGUACGGACACAAGCUUCCUGUGCUUUCGAUUGAUAUCUCGUUUGACUCGAAAUUGAUAAUCACGUCUUCCGCAGAUAAAAACAUAAGGAUUUGGGGACUGGACUUUGGAGACUGUCACAAGUCGGUUUUCGGGCAUCAAGAUGCAAUCAUGAAAGUCAAGUUUGUACCAGAAUCCAAAAACUUUUUCAGUUGCUCCAAGGACGGAAUGGUGAAGUACUGGGACGGCAUCAAAUUUGAAAAUAUCCAAAAGUUGGCUGCGCACCACUCUGAGGUUUGGAACCUUGCCGUCAGUAACUCUGGUGAGUUCAUGGUGUCUGUGUCCCACGAUCACAGUAUCAGAAUAUGGGAAGAGACUGACGAUCAAGUCUUCCUUGAGGAAGAGCGGGAAAAGGAGAUGGACGAGCAGUAUGAGGGAGAGCUGCUUGAUUCCUUGGAAGGUGACAAGGCGGUGGACCAGGACGAAGACGAGGUGGGUCGGGUGUCCAAACAGACGAUGGAGACGCUCAAGGCCGGUGAGAAACUGAUGGAGGCUUUAGAUCUUGCUACCAAGGAGCUGGAAGAGACCCAGCAGUACAAGCGGGAACUACAGGCUUUCAAACUCAAGAGGUCGGCCAAACAGCCUGUUCAGCCGACGCGGAACCCUAUACUGCAGGCAUUGAACUUGUUGCCGGAACAGUACGUUUUGGACGUUCUCACCAAGAUCAAGCCAUCGCAGCUUGACGACGCCCUGAUUGUGCUGCCAUUCUCGUACACGGUGAAGCUGCUACGUUUUAUUCGAGUUUGGACAGCUGGCGACAACUUCAACAAGAACCUGACCUCGAUCUCGGUCAUCUGCCGCACGCUCUUCUUCGUAAUCCGGUCCAACUCGAUGGAGCUGGUGAGCCAAAAGGACGAAGAGCUGCGCAAGGAGCUGGAUGACCUACGCAAGGAGCUGAGAAAGAUGCUCAGACAGACCAACAUGGAGGUCGGCUACAACAUCAGCGGUCUGAAUUUCCUGAAAACGCAGUGGAGCAAUCACCACAGUUUCAAUUUUGCUGACGGAAAAACAUGGGAGGAGGAGGGUAAAUCGAGAAAAAGAGUUUACACUACCUUGGCCUAAAAAGAAAAAGCACACCACCAUAGAAUUUAAAAGAUCUCCUGACCGUUACUAAAUGUGGCAACAGAUAAGAAGUGGGGCCACGCCUCAGUAAAACGAUGACUGCCGCCCUUCUAGGACCAGGGUAUAAAUAGCAUGUAACCAGAAGGUUGUAAUUGUACAAUUUAAUUAACUCUAAC